CAAAAAUCUUGAUCUCACUCACUCACUCACUCACUCAGCCCCGAGAGAAAACCACUUUCACAGCUAACGCACAAUCUCGUCUUCCUCAUCGUAUAAAUGAAUUUGAACAGGCAAUAGCAUUAAUCAAUUUAUUAAAUACUUACAAAAAAGAAAUGUCUAAAUCACAGCCAUUUUCAUGGGUUCGUCUUCUCAUCAACCAAUCCCUAACCAAACCCACCGUCUCCCCAUUUUGCCGACCACUUUCCUCCACUUUCCGCCACUUUCCCGCCUCCCAAACACCCCGUCCUCCCCCCUUCCCUUCCCAAACCGCCCGUUUCUCGACGGCGGAUAGGGAUCCCGUGCGGGAUCUCCUGGCGGACGUGGAGAGAGACAGGCAGAGAGAGAGAGAGCAGAGAAUAAAGGCCGGCCUCGGGACCAGCGACAUCGACGCCGAAGAUGAGGAGGACUACAUGAAUGUGACGCCAUUGAUAGAGAAGAUGGCGAGGCGGAUGAAGCAUAUCAGCGACAAGGACUUGAUGUGGGACGAGGAGCCCACCGACUCUGAGAGCGAGGAAGACGAGAGGUUCACUCCCGACGCCAUUAAGAAGUAUAACGAAAUGCUUGACAGGAAGGUCAAACGCCAAAAGGAGCUGCUCAAGAACUUCGACGAAGCUAAGACCCUUGAUGAUGCUUUUAAGUGGAUGUAUAAGAUUGACAAGUUUGAGAACAAACAUUUCCGGCUUCGCCCUGAAUAUAUGGUCAUUGGCGAGUUGAUGAACCAUCUCAAAGUUGCAGAGGGAAAGGAUAAGUUCAUUCUUCAGAUGAAACUAAAUAGGGCUUUGAGGUUGGUGGAGUGGAGGGAGCAAUAUGAUCCAAAUAAUCCCGCCAAUUACGGGGUAUUUCAAAGUACGAAUCAAGUCCAGGGUGUUUCCUUGGUAGAUGACUUAGAGAACGAGCUAGAUGAGAUACCAGUUGCCAAACUUGACAGUGACGAUGAAGAAGAAUUUGAUGACAUGAAGGAGAAAGAAGAUGCGCUGUUAGAAAAAAUAAAUGCUAUUGACAAAGCACUUGAAGAGAAGUUAGCAGCAUUGGAUCAUACGUUUGGAAGGAAGGGUAAACUUCUAGAAGAGGAGAUUAAAGAUCUUGCAGAGGAAAGAAAUUCUUUGACUGAGAAGAAGAGAACACCUCUCUACAGGAAGGGUUUUGAUGUGAAGGUGAUUAACGUGAACCGCAGUGUUAAAGUUACAAAGGGGGGCCGCAUGGCUAAGUAUUCUGCCAUAGUAGCUUGUGGAAACUAUCACGGUGUUGUUGGUUUUGCGAAAGCGAAAGGCCCAAAAAUUCCUGUUGCUGUUCAGAAGGCACAUGAGAAAUGCUAUCAAAAUCUUCACUACGUAGAACGAUACGAAGACCAUACGAUUCCGCAUGCGAUACAAACAAAUUAUAAGAAGACCAAGAUUUAUCUGUGGCCAGCACCCACUAGAACAGGUCUAGUAGCAGGGUGGAAAAUAGUCCAAACCAUUUUGAAUUUAGCAGGUUUCAAGAAUGUCAAGACAAAGGUUGUCGGGUCGAAGAAUCCAUUCAACACGGUUAAGGCUCUCUUCAAAGCCCUUACUUCGAUUGAAACUCCCAAGGAUGUACAAGAGAAGUUUGGUCGGACCGUGGUUGAGAAGCACCUUCUUUGAUAUUUUAAAAAUGACGGGUGUGUUUCAUUUUUUUUGGGCUUAUUUUCCAGUGAUUUCGCUUGUGUCUAUGGAUUUUGAGGAGUUUGAAGUCCCAUUUUUUCCCGAUUAGAUGAAAUAAACGAUAAAACAAUAGAAAUAAAGAGAAAAAUAUAGCUUUUGGGGAAAGCGUUUUGGUUGUAUUAUUGAAAUUUGAUUUAGUUACAACUACCUUUCACCAU